CACCGGCCAAAGCAGAGUAGCCAUGCUGCUCCCACGAUUACUCGCACCCGUGCGCGCCUGCACAAGAUCUACCGCCCCAUUGUCCCGCGUCUUCGAAGCCCUGCGCGCGCCCACGACGGUGCCGACCCUCGCCCUCACUUUUACCAGGAACGCCUCACAUCAGUCCCAAGGACGUGCCAACGGCGCAAAGGACGGGCCGGGAAAACGACUGGGAGCGAAGAAGACUGGAGGCGAAUAUGUAAUUCCCGGAAACAUCAUUUUCCGCCAACGUGGCACUGCGUGGUACCCCGGUGAGAACUGCAAAUUCGGCCGCGACCACUGCGUCUUUGCCACGGAAUCGGGCUAUGUACGGUACUACCGCGACCCGCGGAAACAUCCCAAGAGACAAUAUAUUGGCGUUGCCCUCGAGAAAGACCACACGCUGCCGUAUCCACCAAACGCCGCGCGGAGGAGGAGACUCAACAUGCUGGCUGUGCCCAUCGAGCCCGAGACAGAUGUUGUCGUUGACCCGCAGUUGGUCGAGGUUGAGGCUGGGGAUGUGCAGGUGGUAGAGGCGAGCGAGGGCACGCCGCGGGAGCAGACAAGGAGAGCUUUGACCAUUGGAAAGGGAUAUGCGUACCGGGAGGCCAAUUGGCAGAUUGGUCGCGCGGCGGAGCGGGCGAAUGUUCAGGUCAAGAAGUUUGUGCCGGGAGAUCGAUGGGCGGCGUGGAGGAAGAGCAAUGCGCGAAUUGAGGCGAACGCUGAGAGGAAGAGGCUGCGGAACGCGGGUAAGAAGACGGCGAAGCCUAAGCAGCGCCAGCAGAGGCAGAGAGCGUAAGAGUUGAGCAUGUAUGAAUACGGGUAUCGC